AUGUCCACGAAUUCUUCAGAAAGAACAGUCACUGCCGCCCCUUCCGCCGUGCCGGCCGCCACCGCCAACCCCAUGUCGGGUGCGCACUACUUCGUCUCCCUGAAGCUAACGAUGCACAAUUUCCUGUUUUGGAGGACGCAAAUAUUGCCUUUUCUCCGCGGUCAGGAUCUCUUAGGGUACGUGGAUGGCGAAAUCCCGUGUCCACCACCGGUCAUUGAUGCGGCUCCGGCCUCCGGCGAGUCAGCAUCCGCCACCACCACUCCAUCACUGGUCCCGAACCCUGCAUACAAAGCAUGGGUAAAACAGGACCGGUCCAUAAUGUCAUUACUCAUCUCUUCGUUAUCAGAUGAAGUUAUGCAUUUAGCGGUCGACCAUGGCACUUCCCGAGAGGUAUGGGAAUCGAUCACCACAGCCCUGAGCAGCUCCACCCGCGCUUGGUGCCUGAGUCUUCUCGGCCAGUUCCACUCUCUUCGCCAAGGGAACAGCUCCGUCACCGAAUACCUAGGCCGCACUCAAUUAUUGGUCGAAAAUAUAGCGUUGGCCGGCAGACCUAUUUCACUCGACGAACAAAACUUGUUCGUUUUUAGGGGUCUGCGUCCGGAGUACAGGGCGAUGGCGUCGUCUCUUGCAGCGGCCGGGACUCCAGUGACGAUCUCCCAAAUAUCCGAUCACUUGCAAGCCCAGGAGUUCAUUCAUUCCGAAGAUUUUCCGGCGGGAUCUGACGUCGGCUUCGGUGCUGCUCCAGUCGCGAACUAUGCGGGGCGGGGCAGGCACAAUGGUGGCGGACGAAGCUCCGGCAAUGGCCAGAGCCGGGGCAAUGGUAACCGCGGACGAGGAGGUAACCGUGGACGUGGCCGGAACAAUCUCCCACGCUGCCAAAUCUGCCGAAAUCAGGGGCAUACGGCCGUGACAUGCUACCAGCGGUAUACCGGGCAGUCACAGCCGCAGGCCCACGUUGCGGUGACCGCCGAUGAUGGUGUCUCGGGAGGAUCCGGCGGCUGGUUUCCCGACACCGGUGCCUGGGCUUAG